UGGGGGCGCCUUCCAAGGGGAAGGGAAUUCUCGCGCGAGGCUCACCGCCCUGCCCGUGACGUCACGCUCCUUGCAGUCGGGAAGUUGGGAAGAGCCAGGAGGUGAGAGCCGGAGGGCAGCCGCGUCCCAAAACGCAAGGCUUUCUGGGAACAAGGACGCCGCCGCAGAGGAAUGUGUGGGAAAGAGAUCUUAUUCCAAAGUGUCUUCAGAACGGUGACUCUCCUGCUGUAGGACUAUUUAUUCUGCUUCCAGAAUUCCAGCACAGAUUUCUGCUCCGGGUAUAAACCAGCCCCACAUACUUUUCACAAUCCCCAUGUAAGGAGAAUACAGAGGAAGAUGUGUUUUCAUCUUGUCCCUCUUUUCUGGCAACUUCCAAAGGGGAGAGAGAAGAUUUAAUGACCUAGAAUGAAAGCUAAGCAAACAAAGAAAUAUUCUGGUCAUAGUAACCAAAAUACCAUCUAAUUACUCUUUGGAAAACAGAGCCUUCUUUUUUUAAAAAAAAAUCAUGCAACCCUCUUGCACACGCUUAGUUUUUAUUCCACGUUUUUUUUAACGUACAGGAGAGUGGAUCUUUACCCAUUUUUGGUGCUUAGAAUUAUUUAACAAUCAGUGAAGAAAUUCACAAGGGGUCUCUCCUAUGGGAGAAAAACGCUUGAGAUGCCCCAAUCCUGGGGAAAACUUUUUGGGAAAGUCUUAUCUUUCUGAACCUCAGCAAGUUUGCGCAACAGAUAAGCUAUAUAAAUGCCUGGAAUGUGGGAAAUGUUUCACCCACAGUAAGAACUUCAGCACUCAUCAAAGAAUCCACACUGGCGAAAAGCCUUACAAAUGCCCUGAGUGUGGUAAAAGGUAUGGAGCCAGCUCGACCCUGAGUAGACAUCGGAAAAUCCACAUGGAAGAAAAGCCUUAUAAAUGCCCAGACUGUGCUAAGAGUUUCAGUUACAAAGCAGAUCUCAUCAAGCACCACCGUGUCCACACAGGGGAGAGACCUUACGUGUGCGGCGAGUGUGGGAAAAGUUUCAGCCAAAGCUCCAAUUUUGUUACCCACCAGAGAAGCCACACGGGAGAGAAACCUUAUGAAUGUCCUGACUGCGGGAAAAGUUUUACCGUGAGCUCGAGCCUCAUUGAGCAUCAGCGUGUCCACACGGCUGAAAAGCCCUUCUUGUGCCUGGAAUGCGGGAAAAGUUUUAAUCGCAGCUCCCAUCUCAAUGUGCACCAGCGGAUUCACACGGGGGAAAGGCCUUUCCAGUGUCCCGAUUGCGGAAAGGGCUUCACCAUUCUCUCCACCCUUAGUAAACACCAGAGAAUCCACACAGGAGAGAAACCAUAUAAAUGCCCCAAAUGUGAGCGCAGUUUUCGGGUGAGCUCGAUUCUGACCCAGCACAUUAGGACCCACACAGGAGAGAAGCCGUACAUUUGCUCCGAGUGUGGGAGGAGUUUCAGUCAAAAAUCGCCUCUCAUUGCUCACCAGAAACUUCACAGUCGUCAGAAAACCCAGUAGGUGAGGGCUGCACAGCUCCAGGUGUGUCAAGGGCUGGACCAGGCUUUGGGCGGCCACAUGACAAAAGUGGAAGGGCUGGGAGAGGUGGCCAAUUUUACGGGGUGAAGUUGGUAUCUUAAGCCACUGAGGUCUUAAGGUUUCCACUUUUGCCCCUUCAUCUCCCGAGCCCCCAAAGCAUUCAGAACAGGGGAGGGUAGAAGGAUUGGCCCCAUCCUCUCUGGUGGAGCUCUGGGGAUCACAGAAGUGGCGCUGGUGGUCUGCACGUAGCUCACAGCUAUACCUUUUGCCCACAAUCCAGUAGCCUGCUGGCCAGAGUAAUCCUUAAGGAUGAGAGUGAGAAAGAUCGAAGGCAGCAGCUCAUCCAAAUCCUGUGCUCCAACUGGCAUGGGGGAAAGGAGAGAGAGGAAGUCGUGGUUCUUGUUUUUCCCUGACUUUUGAGUUCUUUCCCUUGGAUGAUGACCUCCUGCUGGACCAGCAGGAGACAAGUAAUGGAUGCUAACUGUGCAGCCGGUGUGCAUCCCUCCUGUGCGUCUGAGGAACGGGAGGGCUCUGGGGUGCCCUUUUAUCUCCAGACGUGUCAGAGCCGCAGGGGCCCCAAGGCUUCUGCAGAGGGUGGAACCUCUUAGCCGUGGUUAGAUUUCCUCCUCUGAAGGUCAACACACUUUUCCACUCUUGGAGGUGGUCAGAAUUACCAUGGGGCCCCUGAAUCCUCUCCCACUGAACUCCAGGGCUGCAGGCUAAGACAUGGCUGAGCGGUCAUUGGUAACAGUUUGGGAAAUGGAAAACUCUAAUCUGCUGUUCUUUUUGUCCUAUAUAGAAGUGUUGCUUGCCUAAAAAUGGCAUCCUUUCUUAUUUCUUUAGAGCCCAUUUACAAUCCAGCUGCUGUGGUCUUGACUGAGUCCUUGGGAUAUUAGAAAUCCAAACCUAUUAUGCCGUAACAACUCAACUCUGUGAUGAGUAGGAUAGGAACUAGGACUUGGAAGAAUGCACUGUACGUAAAUUCUGAUUCUAAUAAAUGAUUUUUAAAAAAACCUCUCUCUGCACCUCUGGUCAGAAAUAUGUUGGUGCUUUUACUGGAUUGUUCGACCAGCAAGAUCGUCUAUCCCUUUCUCCUUCUCCACGUCCCCCUUCCCUUUGUCUCCUCCUUUCCUAAUUCUCUUCCAUUGGCCAACAAGAAGUCCUUGCUGUACUGCACACCUCCGUAUAAACUGUGGG